CGAGCAGCGUCAUGGAGGCAGCUGAGCUGGAGCUGGUACGUUUGACUCUUCAGAACCCCGGUGCGCUGCGGCUGCGCUCCGGCGGCGAGACCGAGAGAGACCGAGCCCGAUGAUGGCCUUGUCCCACCUGGCAGCUCUCGUCUCCCUGCUGCUCCCCUGCCUCCUCGCGCUGCUGCUGCUCCGCCUCGCCGCCGUGCUGGACCCGGACUCCGACGCCGCGGUGCCCCGCGUCAAGGCGGCCGCGCCCCUCCCCCUCCGCUUCCGCCAUGACGGCGCCUUCAAGAUCCUCCAGGUGGCGGACAUGCACUUCGGCAACGGCGCCGCCACGCGCUGCCGGGACGUGGGCCCCGACGGCGGCGGCGCGUUGUGUUCGGACCUCAACACCACGCGGUUCCUGCGCCGGGUCAUCGAGGCCGAGAAGCCCGACCUCAUCGCCUUCACAGGAGACAACAUAUUUGGGGGCAGUGCAACUGAUGCAGCGGAAUCACUACUCAGAGCAAUCAGCCCUGCUAUCGAAUACAAGGUGCCAUGGGCUGCCAUUUUAGGUAAUCAUGACCAAGAGUCAACAAUGACGCGGGAGGAGCUGAUGACCUUCAUGUCUCUGAUGGAUUACUCGGUAUCUCAAGUAAACCCACCUGGUUUUUUGGUACAUGGGUUUGGGAAUUAUCACAUUGGCAUCCAUGGGUCAUUUGGAUCCGAGUUGGUCAAUACUAGCCUGCUUAACCUUUACUUCCUGGAUAGCGGUGAUCGUGAAGUGGUGAAUGGAGUUAAAACAUAUGGAUGGAUCAAAGAAUCUCAACUCACCUGGCUUCGUGCUACUUCACUGGAACUUCAGAAAAAAACACAUGCCCCUGCAUUAGCCUUCUUCCACAUCCCAAUCCCAGAGGUCCGAGGACUCUGGUACUCAGGCUUCAAGGGUCAGUAUCAGGAGGGAGUCGCAUGCUCAUCUGUAAAUUCUGGUGUCCUUGGGACCCUUGUCUCCAUGGGAGAUGUAAAAGCUGUCUUUCUUGGUCACGACCAUCUGAAUGAUUUUUGUGGCAACCUCAAUGGGAUUUGGUUCUGUUAUGGUGGUGGCUUUGGUUAUCAUGCCUAUGGAAGACCCCAUUGGCCAAGGAGAGCUCGGAUAAUUUACAGCGAGCUCAAGAAAGGGCAGAGAUCGUGGAUGGAAGUUGAAUCAAUCCAGACUUGGAAGCUGCUAGAUGAUGAAAAGCUUUCCAAAAUUGAUGAACAGGUUCUCUGGAGACACAGCACAGAUGAUUCUGAUCACAGUGUAUACUUCUGAAGACCAGGAACCUAAGACUACUUCCUGUAUAUGUCAUGUGUAUAAUGUUUGUCGCCGAGAGUCCUCCAUUUUGUAGGUCGAUUGAUUAUUGAAGUAUGAUCUGCCAUGGACCAAUUUAGAUUUCACAUUUGGUUCAAUGUUGAUAUGCUAACCCUGGUUCCGGUCACUGAACUGUUUUGUACGUUCUUGUGGAGCUGGCAAUCGGUCUCCUGUCUUGGGAGCAAUGUUUUCGGGUUACUAUAUGAUAUAAUAUAAAUUGUUCACAACAGAUGAUUCAGAACACAA